AUGGAGUGGAUAGAGAACCUUACAAAUGCAACCCAUGCUGAUGUGGAUAUGGCACUUCUCUGCUUUCCACUUGAGCCAGACUCCUGCACCAGAAAACCUCGUUUCUUUGUCAUUAGAGUUGCCAUGUACAUCUUAAUGCUUCCUACAGUACUUAUGACUGUUUUUGGGAAUCUUCUGGUCAUCAUCACUAUUUCCCAUUUCAAACAGCUGCAUUCUCCAACUAACUUCAUCAUCCUCUCACUGGCUAUUGUGGACUGUCUGCUCGGCUCUAUGAUCAUGCCUUUCAGUAUGGUGCGAUGGGUGGAAGGCUGCUGGUUCUUGGGGGAGAUUUUUUGCAAAAUCCAUUCCAGUUUAGACAUGACACUAAGUAUUGUCUCCAUCCUGCACCUGUGUUUAGUUUCUAUUGACCGGUACAUGGCCAUUACUGACCCCCUGGGUUAUAAGAUGAAGGUGACAAAUGACACCGUGAUUGUGGGAAUUGCUGUUAUUUGGCUCUUCUCCUUCUCGUUUAGCUUUGGUGUGGUAUUGUCUAAUAUAAAUCUCCAAGGUUUGGAGGAUCUUUUAAUGCUGAGUUCCUGUUUUGGAAACUGUGCUUUGAUUUUUAACAAACAGUGGGGAGUCAUUGCUUCUCUUGUGGCAUUUUUUAUUCCAGGAACUAUUAUGAGCUGUCUGUACCUUAAAAUUUUUCAUGUUGCAAGAAAACAAGCUAAAGUAAUGGCUGAAAUGUCUACCAUAGGAAAAUCUGACACAAAGAACCAUUCUUCAGAACAGAGAGAGAGAAAAGCAGCUAAAACUUUAGGCAUUGUUAUGGGAAUUUUUCUGCUUUGCUGGUUGCCAUUCUUCACUGCUACAAUAGCUGAUCCAUUCCUAGACUUUUCAACACCUAUAGAUGUUUUCGAUGCCCUGGUGUGGUUUGGUUACCUUAAUUCUACUUGUAAUCCUUUGAUCUAUGGCUUUUUCUAUCCCCGUUUUCAGAGGGCAUUUAAGAUUAUUAUAUAUAAAUAUGUUUUUCACAUCAAUAACAUGAAUCUAACACUCUAA